UAACUUAGAGCACAGUUUCAAACACCACCCAGCUGCAGAGAUGAAUAACCAAAGAGUAACCUAUGCAGAACUGAAUUUGGCCAAGUCGGCCAAGAGACAGCAAAGGAAACCUAAGGGCACUCAAAGCUCCAUUCCAGUAAGGGAGCAGGAAAUAACCUAUGCAGAAUUAGCUCUUCGAAAUGCUUCCCGGGAUCUUCAAGGGAGGGACAAGAAGGACCACUCCAAAGUUUCACCAUCACCGCCAGAGAGGCUCAUUGCUGGGAUCCUAGGGGUCAUCUGCCUUGUCCUGAUGUCCGCUGUGAUAAGGAUAACUGUUAUUCCCCCUACUGUAAUACUGGAGAAGAAUAAUUAUUCCCAAACAACAAGGAACCAGAAAGCAUAUCAUUGUGAACUUUGUCCACUGGAGUGGUUUACAUAUUCCAACAAUUGUUAUUACAUUAGCACUGAAAAUAAAACAUGGAAUGGUAGUUUGUUGGCCUGUGCUUCUAAGAACUCUAAUCUGCUUUACAUAGAUAAUGAAGAAGAAAUGGUAAGAUGUUAAACGUUUCAUAUACUUUAUUAAAGCCUUAUUUCAGUCAAUAGUAUAUUUGUAGAAUUCACAUUUUUAUAUAUAGUUAUAAAUAUUUAAAGUUUGUAUAAAAUUCCACUGUUUGAUUUUAUAAUCUAUACUAAUAAGAGGGUAAUAUGCUAAUUAGACCGGAUAGACCAAACAUCUUCCAGACAUCAUUCCAGAAGUCCUUCUUGAAAAAGCCUGGGCCCAGACAAAGCUGCCAGGGUCCUGGGUGACUGCGGCCAGCCAGAGGGAGGGAAGCCCAGAUCCCAGUUGCCUGCAGCCAGCCAGAAGAGGGAAGCCUGGGUCCCA